GCCCCCAGCCUGCUUUUGCGCUCCGAGCGCUCCACGCUGCGCCGCCGCAAGCAAUGGUUCACGGGGCCCGGCGUUGGGCGUGCUGCCCCUGGCGGGGGCGCAGGGCCGAGGCGGGACCCCACGGGGUCGCCGGGCUUGCUGCUAGCAGCCGACUAUCGUCGUAGGGGACGCGGGGCGCGCGUGGGCCGGGGUGAGCAUGAGGACUCUCCGCAGGUUGAAGUUCAUGAGUUCGCCCAGCCUCAGUGACCUGGGCAAGAGGGAGCCGGGCGCGGCGGGUGCGGACGAGCGGGGCACGCAGCAGCGCCGAGCCUGCGCCAACGCCACCUGGAACAGUAUUCAUAACGGCGUGAUCGCUGUCUUCCAGCGCAAGGGGCUGCCCGACCAAGAGCUCUUCGUCCUCAACGAGGGUGUCCGGCAGCUGCUGAAGACGGAGCUGGGGUCCUUCUUCACUGAGUACCUGCAGAACCAGCUGCUCACAAAGGGCAUGGUGAUCCUUCGUGACAAGAUACGCUUCUACGAGGGACAGAAGCUGCUGGACUCACUGGCGGAGACCUGGGAUUUCUUCUUCAGUGAUGUGCUGCCAACCCUGCAGGCCAUCUUCUACCCUGUGCAGGGCAAGGAGCCAUCGGUGCGCCAGCUCGCCCUGCUGCAUUUCCGGAACACCAUCACCCUCAGCGUGAAGCUGGAGGACGCGCUGGCCCGCUCCCACGCGCGUGUGCCCCCAGCCAUCGCACAAAUGCUGCUGAUAUUGCAGGGAGUCCAUGAGUCCAGGGGUGUGACUGAAGACUAUCUGCGCCUUGAGACAUUGAUCCAGAAAGUGGUAUCUCCAUACCUGGGCACCUAUGGCCUGUACUCCAAUGAAGGGCCCUGUACUCAUUCCUGUAUCCUCGAGAAACGGUUCCUCCGCCGCUCCCGCUCUGGGGACAUCCUAGCCAAGAACCCAGUGGUGCGCUCCAAAAGCUACAAUACCCCCCUGCUCAAUCCCGUGGCUGAGCAUGAAGCAGAAGGCACAGCAGCCGGUGGCACGAGCAUCCGCAGACAUUCAGUCUCUGAGAUGACAUCUUGUCCGGAUCCCCAGGGCUUUGCGGACACGCCCGGCCAGGGCCCUUCAGGGACCUUCAGGUCUUCUCCAACACCCCACUCAGGGCCUUGUCCCAGCAGACUAUACCCCCCUGCUCAUUCCCCCGAACAGGGGUCAGACCAUGGCUCCCCACCCACCUCCAGCCCUGAGACACUUGUGGACCAGAUCCUGGAGUCCGUGGACUCAGACUCCGAAGGGAUAUUCAUUGACUUUGGGCGGGGUCGAUCCAGUGUGUCUGACUUUGAGUCAACGGGUGACCGGCCAAGUGUUGUGUGAUAGCCUGAGGAGGACCUAAGAAGCACAUAAGGAAGGCCCGAGACCUUGAUGGAUGCUGCUUUGGUAUAAAACAAACCCUACUGUGGGCCUCAGGUCCUAGUCCCAGACAUUGGCAUUAACCCGAUGCAGAAAGGGGUCACAAGACCUACUGAUCUUGCUCUUGGGUGAGGGUUGCUGAAGACCCCGGCUAGGUGGAAGGGCAGCCCAGCUUUCCCAGAGUCUGAGGGUGGUCAGGACCUCCCUAGUCCACAAAUGGGCUGGUCCCUCUGCCUGCCCUUGGUAAAUAGUGCUCUGAGUAUUGGCAGGGUUGUUCUGGGCCUGCACUGGCCCCGCAGCAUAGCCUGACAAGCUGUGCCAGGAGUAGGCCUCUGACAAGCCAUGCCUGGAGUAGGCCUCUGUCCCUCUAAGGUGCCCUUUAAAGAGCCAGAAGGAGUGAGCCCCUGCUGGACCACAUGCUGAUCCCCUGCCGCAGAUGCUUCAGAGCUCUCUUGGGCCUUAAGUGGUUGUCCACUGAGAAUGGGAAAGCAGGCAGACCCAGGGGCAGGAUGGCCAGAUCUGGCCCGAAGUCUCUUUAUACUCCCAGUCUGUUGGAAAAUCCACCCGACUCCCCCUCACUCUGCUCACCCCAAGACUGAUUGGGACACCCAGUCGGCACCACCCAGAUACAUACUCAGCCACCUGAAGGAUAGGGUCACCAUGUGCCCCCCUUCUGUCUGCCCCACCCUCGGUGCCCACACUUACCCAGGAAAAUGUGAAACCAGUGGGCUCUGCCUAUGCCAGCCCAGCCUGGCCUCCAUAGUGACGGGACUCAAGCCACAGCUAGACCUGCCUAGGACAGGAGGAAGCGACUUCAUGCUCGUGGGCCCCUGGGAUCUGCUGGAGAUAGAGGAUGGAAGAGCUCCCCCUCAAGCCCAGGGUGGGGAAAACAACCUGUUCCAGCCAGAGAUGGCCUGUGGAGUGGAGCUUCAGUGUUGCCUCUAAGAGCACACGGUCACCUCACAGGGUAACUUAGGGUGUUCAUCAUCGUGCUGGAUGAAGAAGUCAAGGCAAGAACUAGGAGGCAGGAGCCGAUGCGGAGGCGGUGAGAUUGCUGCUUGUUCUCCAUGGCUUGCUGUCUACAUAGUCCUGGCUGUUCUGGAACUCACUAUGUAGACUAGGCUGGCCUCCAACUCAUGGAGAUCUGCCUACCUUGCCUCCUGAAUGCUAGCUAGAAUUAGAGGCCUGUACCACCACACCAGGGCCAGCCUGUGUUCUUAUAAAACCCAGGACCACCAGCCCAGGGGUGACCCCACCCGCCAUGGGUUGGGCCCUCACCCAUCAAACACCAAUUAAGAAAAUGCCCCGCAGGCUUACCUGCAGCUCUAGCUUACAAAGCAUUUUGUCAAUUGGGGUCCCCUCAUCUCAGAGGACUCUAGCCUGUGUCAAGCUAACAUAAAACUGGGUGGCACACAAGGCUUUGGAAAAGUGCUCCCCGGAGAUCUGGGGGAGUAAGAGCCACCCCAAGAUCGAGACAUGCAGGGCGUCAGGCAGGAACCUGAAUUGGGAGCAAAUGGUCACGUUCCUAGCUAGAAGCUAGCAGUAUCGCCACAGGCCUUCAGGGAGAAAGCUAGGCCUGGGUCCUGGCUUAACUCUGCCAACCUGCCUCCUUCAACACCAUCAGAGUCAUCAUCAACCCUCACUAAUCUGGAACCCCUCUGAGAGGUGGAAGUGGAAUUAUGGGUAGAAGGUUCCGCUGCAUCGGUUCUACAGUAAGCAGUAUGAGCAGUGCUAACUGGGUACGCGAGGGGUCUCUGGAGUGGUGGAUCUCAGCCUUCUUAAGGCUGGGACCCUUUAAUAGAGUCCCUCAAGAUGUGGUGACCCCCAACCAUAAAAUUAUUUUGUUGCUACUCCAUAACUAUAAUUUUGCUACCAGUAUGAAUUGAUAGAGUAUAUGUAAGAAGUAGGUUCUAACGUCAGAGAAGGAAUGGACCCGCCAGUGAGAGCGAAGGCAGGCGGGCCCGCUAAGAAAGCAAGCGUUCUUCGUCCGUGCCCCAUACAUAGGCUUCUCCCAGAAGGCGUGGCCCAGGUUAAAGGCGGAUCUUCCCACUUUAAAAGAUCCAGACAUAUUAGAAGUGGGUCUUCUCACUUUAAAUGAUUUAAUUAAGAAAGAAAGAAAAAAAUCUCUCACAGUUGUACUCAGCCGCUUGGGUUUUAGUUAAUUCUGGUUGUAGUCAAAUUGGCAACCAAGAAUAGCCAUCACACCAGGUGAAUAGAGACAGGUGCGCCAGGAUGUGACAUGCAAAUACAUUGCUAGUUGAAGGAGCCGUGAGCCCGGAGGCCCACGUUCUCGCUUUGUGAAGCUAUGUGGGGCUUGUGCUGGCUGAAAUGAGUUGUUUCGUGGUUUGUAGUCCCCUCCCCACCCGCUUUCCAGACAGCUCCAGCUUCCUCCCACUGUCCCAGUGCCUGCCCUGUGUCCUAGCAAUUACUAUCUCAGCACAGAGCACGGGAAGCCAAGUAUGGGGCCAGAGGGGGCUCUCGGUGUCCUAGGCUGAUUGCAUGGUGUCCGUGGGCCCGCCUCCCUCUGCAGACCCGCAUGUGCGUUUCUGCUACCCGUAGGGUUGUCACAGUUGACAAGCCCUGCCGACUGAUCAGAGGUUCCAGCACACAGGGAAAGCAUGCAAGAAGCCCGCACGCUGCCAGCCAUCACGGGAAGGAACACCGGGCCCUACCUAUUGGCUGUCAGCCCUGAGCCCUAAUCCACUCUCCUGUGUGUGUGUUGGGGGGAUCUAGGGAGCCCACAGGAAACAGGUGUUGGGAAUUUUAAUUUUUUUAUGAUGUUGAGAGGGGUUGAUUAAACUUGCCUUUAAUCCCAGUGCUUGGGAGACCAAGGCAGGUGGAUCUCGGUGAGUUCUCAGAUAGCCUGGUCUAUGUAGCCAGUUCUAACAGCUCAAGUGAUGUGACAGAAACAGUGUCCCAAAACAACAAUAAAAUGACAUUGGAAACAUGUA